AUGGAUGAAGCGGAGAUUUAUGGAAUGGGAUUGGAACGCGGUCGAUCUCAUAAUAUGUACGUAGUAAGUAGUCCGAGCAAGGAUCAUCUAAUCAAACAGGGGCCCGUUAAUGUAACAGCAAUCGUUGGCGAUGAUGUAGAGCUUAUAUGCCUUGUCCUACAACGUGUGAGAUCGAAAUAUUGGUUGAAAAAUAAUUCCUUUGUACCUUUCGGCGCUGCAAGAACCCAACGAGUGGGGUCCAACAGUCUCAAAAUUCACAAUGUUGAGAAGAAGGAUGAAGGAUGGUACACUUGCGUAGUGAUCGGGGAAGGAUCGGAAAAAAGUGAACAACAAGCGUACCUUAGUGUUUCACCUCGAUUCGAGGCACCGACGCUCACGACUACAAGCGAUUCGUACGAAAGGAAGGUAGAUAAUUUUUUGUGUCUCUUUGCGCUUUGAGC